AAGUGUCCAUAUAAAGUAUACAUCGAUCCAGCUAGGUGUAUAACGAGGAACAUCAUGGUCGCAAAAGUUCCAGGUGGCCCAUUGGGCAUCUCCUUUGCCCCAUGGCUCAAGGCCAACAUGCCGGGACUUUAUGGACGUCUCAAGCCAGUCGCCAACUGGUACUGUCACAUUGCCGGAUGGAGACAGAUGGGAUUGAAGUACGAUGAUUUGCUUUUGGAGGAAAGAGAGGAUGUGCAAAAGGCACUGACCCGAUUAACACCGCGAGAGAGCUACGACCGGGUGUACAGGAUGAGGAGGGCCCAUCAGCAGGCGAUCUUGCACAAAGAGUUGCCAAAGAACGAGUGGAUCACUCCUGAGGAGGACCGACGGUACCUUAGUCCGCACAUCCAGUCGGUUGUCAGGGAGAACAAGGAGAGAGCAGAGUGGGACUCUGUCAAGGUCGAGAAGCUCAAGUCGAAGAAGUAGAUGCACGACACUCAUGUAUCCGGUCUCAUCAU